UUGUAUUUCUCCCAAGGCGGGGGAAGAAGUGUGAGAUUACAUGAGAGUGAGCCAUGGAAAUAUUACCAAGCUUAGCCAUGGUUGCAGUGGAGUGUUCACACGUCGUCGUAAGCAUUCUAUUCAAAGCUGCUUCUUUGAAGGGGAUGAGCUAUUACAACUUCAUUGCUUACUGUUAUGUUUUAGGCACCUUGGUCUUCACACUUCUAGUCUUCUUUAGAAAUACAGUGUUUCGUCCUAUGAAGUUCCCUCUCAUCUCUAGACUUUGCCUUCUUGGGAUUUCAGGGUAUUUAGGUAUGAUUUGCGCGUAUAAAGGUAUAGAAGUGGGCUCUCCAACACUUGCAUCAGCCAUUAGCAACCUCACUCCAGCUUUUACCUUCAUACUUGCUGCCUCCUUCAGGAUGGAAAAGGUAGAUUUUAGAAGAGAAACAACUCAAGCUAAAAUAAUUGGCACCAUAACAUCAAUAGCUGGUGCAUUAGUCAUCACCUUUUACAGAGGCCCCAAAAUUCUUACAUCUUCACCUUGGACAUCAUCAUCAUCUGUUGUGCAACCCCAAAGACCUUUGCAGUCUUCUCAAUCAAAUUGGAUUGUUGGUGGCAUCCUUGAAGUUAUUGCACAUCUUCUUUAUUCGUUCUGGUAUGUUAUCCAGGCGCAAGUGAUGAAGAUAUAUCCCGAAGAGAUUGUUGUAAAUUUAUUUUACAACUUGUCUGUGGCCCUUUUAGCUGUACCAGUUUGCUUGAUAACAGAACCACAGUUGAGUUCUUGGAGAUUAACACAUAAUAUAUCAGUUGUUGCAGUCCUAUAUUCGGGGCUUUUUGGGUUCUCAUUUAGCUCAUGUGUUCACACAUGGGGCGUACGGUUGAAGGGGCCUGUGUUUGUUGCAAUUUUCAAGCCAACCUCAAUAGUCAUAGCUGCUGUUAUGAGUGCCAUAUUCCUUGGCGAAGCACUUCAUCUUGGAAGCGUGAUAGGGGCAGUGAUCAUAACCGGUGGCCUUUAUGCUGUAUUAUGGGGAAAAGCAAAAGAAGCAGAAGAAAUGAGAGAUGAAGAGCCCUCGUCCGGUGGCAGGGUCCCUUUGCUGCAAAGCUAUAAAUGUUGAACAAAUGUGUAGUGUAGUGUAGGUAAUACAAUGCCAAUGCCUUUUCUGUUUCCCACUACUCAUUGACACAAUAAUUUUAUGAGAUUUGUGCAGUCCUACACCCUGUGAGCCACCAACACCGAAACAGGGCACAUCAUCAUAUGCAUAAACAAGAUCAGAACAAAGCACAUUAAACAAAACAGAGACG